AUGGAUGAAGCGGGCAUCAUGGAAGGCUUAGGGGAGAAUGGUCUAGUUGUUGGGAGUUCGGGGAGACGCUGUAUUCAGAAGAAAACGCCGGGUUCGAGAGCCUGGACAUCCUUUAUCGAAUGCGUGUCGGCUACUGGCUGCACACUGCCGCCUUUGGUUAUAUUCAAGGGAAAAUCUGUUCAGCAACAAUGGUUUCCGCACGAUUUAGACUAUUUCAAUGAUUGGCAAUUCACAGCGACAAAAGACGGCUGGACUUCGGACCAAACUGCGAUCGAGUGGCUUGAAAAGGUGUUCAUUCCCAGGACCCAGCCAUCCCACCCUUCGGAGCGAAGAUUGUUAGUAUUAGACGGGCAUGGAAGCCACGAGUCGGUUGAUUUUAUGUACCUAUGCUAUCAGCACAAGAUUCAUCUACUUUACCUCCCCCCUUAUACCUCACAUGUCCUGCAACCUCUCGAUCUGUCUGUCUUCUCACCUCUCAAGCACUUCUACCGCAAAGAGGUCGGAUUUCUGAGCCUCUUGACCGAUUUGAGCCCGGUCGGCAAGCAAAACUUUAUCAUAUGCUACCAGAAAGCUCGGAGACAGGCGUCGUCUGCAUCAAACAUUAAGGGUGGUUGGAAAGCAAGCGGUCUCUGGCCAGUGUCAGUUGCAAAGCCUCUUUUGAGCCGUCUCCUACUGGAGAACAGUAACAAGGAUAAGAAUAACGCACGAAAAGCUACCGAUGAAUUUAGAACUCCUUCAUCUUGCAAAUCUUGGAUGUCGGAGACAUCACAGAUCGCAUGGGCUACUCCUAAGAGGCCCAAAUAUCUCAAGGUUCAGGUACUCCAUUUCAGCCAACUAGAAAGCGAUAUGCCUACGAAGCGAUUGCUCUUUAGAAAGAUUACAAAAGGGUUUGAUGAGAAGGAUAGCCUUCUUGCAAAAUCCCAAUUGCAGAUUCAGGCACUAGAAGCACAGCUAGAGGCUGCCAGACCGAAGCGAAGAAAGAAGGUCAAAACUAGCCCAAAUUCGAGGUUCGCGGAUAUCAAAGCAAUACAGCGCGCACAAGAGGAAAUUGGUGUUGCUGAAAAUAAUGAAGGAGAUAAGGAAGAGCCUGAAGUAUCUGAAAAUGAAGAAAACUGCAUUGUAGUUCAAAUUGAUUAG